AUGGCGAUGACAGAGUACAGUAGUUCUCAUGGAAAUGAUGCCAUAUUGCGAGGCAUCCCAGAUCCAGAGUUUAUGCAGUUACAGUCGUCGGAUCACCCAGGAAUGGUGAUGGUGUCAGCUCUGCUCACUGGCAGUAAUUAUUUUGCCUGGAGCAGAGCAGUUAAGAGAGCUCUCAUUGCUAAAAUGAAGGUUGAUUUCAUUGACGGAACAAUUGUUUGUCCUCGAACUAAUACAGACGAGUUCAGGAAAUGGAAUCGUAUUGACUCUAUGGUUACAACCUGGAUUCUUAAUUGCAUGAUAAAAGAAUUGGCAGAAUCUUUUAUGUAUGUUGGUUCAUCACGAGAGUUAUGGAUCGAGUUAGAAGAUCGCUAUGGUGAGAGUAAUAGUCCAUUAAUCUAUCAACUGCAGAGAGAAAUUAGGCAGGUAACAGAAGGUAACAUGUCUGUAAUCGAAUAUUACACAAAAUUGAAACGUUUGUGGGAUGAGCUUAUGUGUUUGGCACCUAUGCCAAUAUGUAUUUGCACAAAUUGCACCUGCAGAAUUAACAAAGCCAUGGCUGAUAUGGUGGCUUCGAAUCAAUUAAUACAGUUUUUGGUUGGCCUUAAUUCUGUGUAUGAACAAGCACGCAGUCAGAUAUUGCUGCUAGAACCUUUGCCUACAGUUACCAAGGCCUACUCUAUGCUCAUUAGGAUGGAGAAACAAAUUCAAAUGAGCUUAGGCAACAUGGAAACGAAUAGUGGUGCUGCAUUCCAGAUUAAAGGGUAG